GGCUUCAAACAGUCAUGGCUGAGUGUGGUGGUUGGGUGUUGUGAGACGCUCUCGGAAUAUUAGAGAUAAUUUGUGAUUGUUGCCGGCUAUGAAGUGGCGUGUUGGAGCGUUAACGUUUUGUGGAGUAUAGCAGUGAAGUGUUUGGAUGGUUGGUACAAUGUUGCCUCGCAGUGUGGUGUUAGGGCUUGUGGGUGUGGCCCUCGUGGUCGUGCUGGCCAACGUGUGUGUUAGUGCAGAGGUCUUGCCCGAAGUGAUGUACAAUGUGGCCGUACCGCACGAUGUUGUCCCUGCACAUAUUGUGUACAAGAUCAAAUUAAAAGCUGGCCAAACCGUGAAUAAGUUGAUGGAUAGUGAGUACUCAGAUUACUUUGCUGUGCUGGAUAAUGGUGAUGUUAUGACUGUGGCCAAGCUGGCCCCACUCUUAGGCCGCAUUGUUACACUCAGGGCCUCCACCAGUUACCCAAACGGGAACGUUCAGGUCUAUGUCAUCAAAGUGGCCAUCAAGGAUCGUCAGACGAUGUUACGAUUCCUCAAACCAGAGUACGAUGCUGCUGUUUACGAGAACAUGCCUCCUGGAACUGAACUCCAAGGCCUGGAUGACCUGGAGGCUAUGGGCGAGGAGGACGUAAAGUACGAGCUCCUCGGUGGUCACUCUGUCUUCGCUCUUCACCACGUCGGCGGAAUCCCAACGGUGGUCACAAGGAAACCACUAGAUCGAGAGGCUGAAGAUUUAUACGAGUUGGUAUUAAGAGCUUACGACAAAGAAGGCAUGGACAUGGCAAAAGCUAAGAUCAAUGUUCAUAUUUUGGACAUGAACGACCAUGCUCCGGUUUUUACACAGAACGUGUUUUACUUCUUCGUCCCCCUUAACGUUACUCGAUUUGACAAAAUAGGUCGUGUAACCGCCCAUGACGGAGACAGGGACAAGGUUGUUUAUCGCUUAGCCUACCCGUCCAACACCUUCACCGUCGUGCCACAGACUGGAGAGAUAAUGCUAAUAGAGGCUCCAGAAACCUUGGUAUACGAAUUGGAGCUGGAGGCCUUUGAUAAGCGGAAACCCACGCUCUACUCGGACACCUUGGCUAAAGCUCAUAUCGAGUUCCGCUAUCCUAGCGAUUCCCUGUUCACUGGGGAAAGCAACGACAUAGAUUACGACGUGUACCCAGAGCACGCCAUGUCUAAGCGCAGUGCCAAAAAGAGAGUCAAGCGAGGUCAGCUCCGCCAUACAAAGGAGCUGGUGUUCUCUGAGGCUGACGGAGCCGUCGAGGGCAAAGUCGUAUUCCAACUCGAGAAGGAAAUUCAGUGGGAAACAUUUAAAAUCCGCGAUGAUAACCCUUGGGUUGAAGUUGACACUAACGGUGCGGUGAGAAUCAAGAAGAAAUGGGACUACGAGGAGCUAGGCCCCGAGAAGACGAUCGACUUCUGGGUCACCAUCACAAACAACGAUCGUAAUGGCAUCAGUUAUACGGACAAUCAGCGAGUGAUUCUACAAAUUACAGAUAUAAAUGAUGAGCCGCCCUACUUUAUCAAUCGUCCACUGCCCAUGCAGGCGGUAGUAAAGCUUAAUGCUGCGCCCAACACUCCAGUGUUCACUCUACAAGCCAGAGAUCCUGAUAAGGACCAUGACAUUCACUAUUUCCUUGUCAGGGACAGAACUGGAGGACGUUUUGAGGUUGAUGAAAAAUCUGGUGUCGUACGAACUCGAGGAUCAGAAAUGUUUCAGUUGGACAUGGAAUAUGUUUUGUAUGUGAAAGCUGAAGACCAAAAUGGAAGGAUUGAUGACAAGCAUUUCCAGUCAACACCUGAAGAACGUUUGUCCAUUGUGGGUGGUAAGCGGCCGCCACAGUUUUAUCUUCCAAAAUACGAGAAAACUAUACCAGAAAAUGCAGCCAAAGAUGCAGAUAUCAUCUCUGUUAAAGCUAAAUCUUUCGCCGAUCGAGAAAUUCGGUACACAUUGAAAGCGAAAGGGCAGGGUGCAGGAACAUUUAAUAUUGGGCCUACAUCAGGAAUUGUCAAGUUGGCCAAGGAAUUGGACUUUGAGGAUGUUCGUCAACCACACAUCUAUCAGUUGGUUGUCACAGCAACAGAAGAUUCUGGUGGUUUCUCUACUUCAGUUGAUCUAACGAUUAAAGUGACGGAUGUUAAUGACAACCCUCCCAAGUUUGACUUGCCCGACUACCAAGCUCACAACAUUGAUGAAGAUAUUCCAAUUGGUUCUUCUAUACUCAGGGUGAAAGCACGUGAUGAUGACUCUGGGACAAAUGCAGAAAUUACGUAUUCAGUUUCUGAUGAUCACUUUCGGGUAGACAACAAAGGAAUAAUAUACAACAGAAAAACUCUUGAUGCUGAUGACAACAAUGCUUAUUAUGAGUUCACGGUUACAGCUACUGACAGAGGUGAGCCAGCAAAGGAAGGUACUGCCACAAUUCGUAUAUAUACCAAAAACAAGAAUGACGAAGAGCCCAACUUUUCACAACAAGUCUAUACUCCAAAUGUUGAUGAAAAUGCUGGACCAAAUACCCUAGUAACAACUGUUGUGGCAUCGGAUAAAGAUGGCGAUAACGUAGAGUUUGGUUUUGUCGGAGGGGCCCGCAAAUCUGGCCAGUUUGUAAUUGAAAAGAUGACGGGUGUCAUUCGGUUGCACAAUGGACCCAUCUCCCUUGACCGUGACAAGUAUGAGCUGAAUGUUACUGCUGUUGAUGAUGGUAAUUGUUGUCCUGGUGGCCAGCAUUCUCGUCACACAUCCACAGCUGUUGUUGUCGUCUUUAUUACCGAUGUCAAUGAUAACAAGCCGGUUUUCAAGGACUGUGCUUCCUACCAUGCUAAAGUGGAAGAGUCGGCUCCUAAUGGUUCACCGGUCAUCACAGUGCAUGCAACAGAUGAGGAUAAAGGUGUCAAUGGACAGGUCCGCUAUAGUAUUGUCCAGCAGCCAAACCAGAAAGGCACGAAAUUCACAGUUGAUCCUGAGACAGGUGAUGUAACUACUAAUAAAGUGUUUGAUCGUGAAGGUGAAGAUGGAAAGUUCGUCUCGGUUACUGUGAAGGCCACAGACAAUGGAGAUCCAUCAUUAGAAGGUGUUUGUUCCUUUACGGUUGAAAUCACAGAUAUCAAUGAUAACCCCCCUCUGUUUGAUCGUCAGUUUGCAUUCAAGAUUGGAUACAGGACAAAGGAGUGCAGUUCCUUGAAAUAUAUAGAGAAUGUGAAGCAGGACACAAAUGUGGGAACGAAUAUUUUGCGUGUGUCUGCCUCGGAUGAAGAUGCUGAUAACAACGGUGCAAUCAUCUACAACCUGACAUCAGCAUCAAAUCCAGGUGACCUGGAUUACUUUGAGGUCCAACCAGAGUCAGGGUGGAUAAUACUGAAGAAGCCUCUAGACCGAGAAUCGUACCGGCUGACCGCCGUAGCUCAGGACCGUGGGUUCCCUCCACUGUCUCGCACGGUGGACGUUCAGAUUGAUGUAGUGGAUCGCGCCAACAACCCUCCUGUAUGGACCCAGUCCAUCUAUGGCCCCAUUUACAUCAAGGAAAACUUGCCAGUAGGGGCAGGAGUUAUCUCAGUGAAGGCCAGCUCUGGUAUAAAGGAUAACCCGGUAGUGUUCUAUCGAAUCAUCCGUGGAUCCACAGCUCAGACCAACAAGCAUGAUACCUUCUAUUUACAACAACGGCCGGACAAUGGGGAUACCUGGGCGGAUAUCAAAGUCAACCAUCCAUUAGACUACGAAAGUAUAAAGGAAUACAACUUAACGGUCCGAGUAGAGAAUAAUGGUCCACAACAAUUAGCCUCAGAAGCUACUAUAUAUGUAGUUUUGGAGGAUGUUAAUGAUGAAAUUCCACUGUUUACUGAACGUGAACAGGAAACCGUCCUUGAAGGUGAACCAAUAGGAACAAAGGUCACACAGGUCAAUGCUAUCGACAAGGAUGGAACAUAUCCAAAUAAUGAAGUUCUCUAUCGAAUUGUAGACAGUCCUCGAAAUGAGGGUCGAGAUUUUUAUGAGAUCAGGGAGCGCACAGGUGAAAUAUUCACAAGAGUAGAAUUUGAUCGAGAAGAAAAGCAAGCUUAUGCUUUAGAAGUGGAAGCUCGAGAUGGAGCUGCCUCGGCCAGGCCAAAUGCGAAUGGUCGACCAAAUACAGUGACGAAGUUCAUUCGUAUUGGUAUUGCUGACAAGAAUGACAACCCACCAUUCUUCGACAAGACAUUGUAUGAGGCUGAAGUGGAUGAGAAUGAGGACAUUCAGCACACAGUUCUCACAGUCACAGCUAAGGACCUUGAUGAGUCUUCUCGCAUCAGAUAUGAAAUCACAAAUGGCAACAUUGGUGGAGCCUUUGCUGUGAAGAACAUGACUGGUGCCAUUUAUGUUGCUGGACCUCUAGACUAUGAAACUAGGAAGAGGUACGAACUAAGUCUAGUAGCCACCGAUAGUGUCAACGAGGCAACAACCAAAGUAAUCAUCCACAUCGCUGAUGUCAAUGAUCGCCCUCCGGAGUUCGACCGACCAAAUUAUGAAGCUACUAUUGAAGAGGAGCGCAGUGACGGUUUGCCUAUACCACUGCUCAAGGUUACAGCCACAGAUGGUGACCGCGACCGUGUACAGGAUAUUGUAUACUUCCUAACAGGUCAGGGUAUUUAUAUGGACAACCCAGAUCAGUCUCAGUUUGAGGUGAAUCGCACGUCAGGAGAAAUCUAUGUGAGAAAGCCCCUCGAUCGUGAUCAUCCUAAAGGUCGGCCAACGUGGAGAUUUACUGUGUUUGCCCAGGAUGAAGGUGGCACUGGCCUGGUUGGUUAUGCUGAUGUGCAAGUCAACCUCAAGGACAUCAACGACAAUGCCCCUAUUUUCCCCCAAAUGGUAUACUUUGGAAAUGUGACAGAAAAUGGGACACAAGGAAUGGUGGUUAUGACAAUGACAGCAGAAGAUUAUGAUGAUGCAAAUGAGGGUACCAAUGCUAAACUAACCUAUUCCAUUGAGAAGAAUGUCAUUGAUGAAAAUACAGCGACACCAAUCUUUGAGAUUGAACCAGACACCGGGGUAAUAAAGACUGCCGUUUGCUGCCUGGAUAGAGAAAAGACGCCAGAUUACUCCAUACAAGUGGUUGCUGUUGAUGGGGGUGGAUUAAAAGGGACUGGAACUGCAAGCAUUCGUGUAAGGGACAUCAAUGAUAUGCCACCCAGAUUUACAAAGGAAGAGUGGCAGACAGAAGUGGAUGAAACAGAAGGAGCCAUUCUUCCUGAUCAAGCUAUUCUCACUGUCACUGUUCAUGAUGAAGACGAGACCAAUAAGUUCCAUUAUAAAGUAAUAGAGUCUUCUGGAUUUGGUGCAGAUAAGUUUACAAUGGUGAGAAAUAAUGAUGGCACAGGAUCACUGAAGAUUGUACAGCCGUUAGAUUAUGAAGAUCCAAUGCAGCGUAGUGGUUUUAGGUUUAAAAUCCAAGUGAAUGAUAAGGGUGAAGACAAUGAUGCUGAGAAAUAUCAUGUUGCUUAUUCUUGGGUUAAGGUUGAAUUGAGAGACAUAAAUGAUAACAAGCCACAAUUUGUUAAACCUAAUAUAGAAGUGCCUGUUUUUGAAAAUGCAGAAAUUGGUAAAAGUUUAGAGACAUUUAAAGCAACAGAUCCUGAUCAGGGUGGACAAAGUAAAGUGUUAUAUGCUAUAGACAGGACAUCUGACAGAAGAAGACAAUUUGCCAUUGAUAGCACUGGAACUGUUAAAAUUCAAAGAAGUUUAGACAGAGAAGAAAAUCCACGUCAUUCAGUAAAGAUUCUAGCUAUUGAUGAUGGUAUGCCAGCUAAAACUGCUACUGCUACGCUUACGGUGAUUGUUCAAGACAUUAAUGACAAUUCACCAAGAUUCCUGAAAGAUUAUCGCCCAGUUCUGCCAGAGAACCAGUCUCCCAGAAAGAUAGUAGAGGUAUUAGCAACUGAUGAUGAUGAUAGAUCAAAGGGAAAUGGACCACCUUUCCAUUUCCGGAUGGAUUCUACUGCCUCUGAUGAAAUCCGUGCUUCCUUUAAAGUAGAGCAUAUCCCUAAAGGAGCCAAUGGUGAUGGGAUGGCUGUUAUCUCUUCCUUGAGAACAUUUGAUCGUGAAGUGCAGAAGGAGUAUCAUGUGCCUAUUGUAAUUAAAGAUGCUGGCACACCUCAGAUGACUGGUACAUCUACACUAACUAUUAUUAUUGGAGAUGAAAAUGAUAACAAAAUGCAGCCUGGAUCUAAAGAUAUAUUUGUUUACAAUUACAAAGGACAAGCUCCAGAAACUCCAAUUGGUCGUGUAUAUGUGUAUGAUCUCGAUGAUUGGGAUUUACCAGAUAAGAAAUUUAAUUGGGCAAUUGAACAACACCCAAACUUUAAAUUAAACGAAGAUGAUGGUAUGGUUACCAUGAAACAUGGUACUGGUGAAGGCACCUAUUUUCUUCAGUUUCAUGUUUAUGAUCGCAAGCACACCCAAACAGAUGUGGAAGCAAAUGUCACUGUUACGGUGAAGGAAAUUCCUGAGAUAGCCGUUAUAAACUCUGGAUCUAUUCGCAUUGCAAAUAUGACUGAUGAAGAUUUCAUUCGAAUUUGGGAUUACAGAACUCAGCGAGUGGUACGCAGUAAAGCAGAUAUGUUUAGGGAGAAGAUAGCGAGAUUAAUGGGAACAAGUGUAGAAAAUGUUGAUGUAUUCAGUAUACAAUUAAGACAGGAGAGACCACCCAUUACAGACAUUCGCUUCUCUGCUCAUGGAUCACCGUACUACCAUCCUAUUAAGUUGGAUGGUCUUGUUUUGCAACAUCGGGCAGAGAUUGAAGCAGAAAUAGGCAUCAACAUUACCAUGGUAGGCAUUGAUGAAUGUCUAUAUGAAAAUGUAGCUUGUGAAGGGUCAUGCACUAAUCAUUUAGUUAUUUCCAAUUUACCUUAUAUGGUAAAUGCAAAUAAAACUUCAUUAGUAGGUGUACGGACAGAAGUGGUACCGGAGUGUACGUGUGGAGCUAGAAACUUUUCCGUCGAGGAAUCAUGCCGUCCAAACCCUUGUUACAAUGGUGGUCGAUGUAUAGAAGGAAAAUCAGGUGUACACUGUAGGUGUCCAGAAGGAUAUGAUGGCCCGAGGUGUCAGAUGGUAACACGGACUUUCAGAGGAAAUGGAUUUGCUUGGUUCCCUCCUUUAGCAAUGUGUGACAAUUCACAUAUCAGCCUGGAAUUUUUGACAAGACGUCCUGAUGGCCUCCUCUUUUACAAUGGCCCCAUCACUCCUCCUGAAACAGAUGAAAUAAUAGUUUCUGAUUUCAUUUCAUUAGAACUAGAAAAUGGACGGCCACGACUUUUAAUAGACUUCGGAUCUGGGACACUGCAGUUAAGAGUCAACACCAAAACUAAUCUUAAUGAUGGCAUGUGGCACAAGGUGGAUAUCUUUUGGGAUACAGAGAAUGUAAGAAUAGAUGUUGAUCACUGUGUUGGUGCAGAAGCUCAAGAACCAGAGGAUGGCAGUGACCCUAUUUUUGACUCGUCAGGAUGCCAGGCUAAAGGCAGUAUACCUCCAUUCAAUGAAUACUUAAAUGUAAAUGCACCAUUGCAGGUUGGAGGCCUUGCUCAUGAGCAGCCUGACCCUAGUUUGUAUAAAUGGUUGCAUGUUCCUCAUGGCCGAUACUUUAGUGGUUGCAUCAGAAAUCUCAUGGUCAAUAGUGAGCUGUAUGAUCUAGCACGACCUGGCCAGUAUCGUAACACUCAGAUGGGCUGUCCACAGUUAGAGGAAGCAUGUAGAAGUAACUCCAUAGUUCCUACUUGUGGCCCAAAUGGCAUUUGUUCAGGUUCACUCUCACACCCAGUGUGCAAAUGUAAGCCUGGGUGGACAGGCCCAACUUGUGAUGAACCCACCAAUUCAGCAUACUUUGAGACACAGUCUUACGUUAAGUAUGCCUUGUCCUUCAAGCCCAAUGCUUUUAGUACAGAAAUUCAGCUCAGAUUCCGCACAUGGCAAGAGUAUGGUGAAUUAUUCAGAAUCUCUGAUCAACAUAAUCGAGAGUAUGGAAUUUUGGAGAUAAAAGAUGGCAGAUUACGCUUCCGGUAUAAUCUGAAUAGCCUUCGAACUGAAGAACACGAUCUUUGGCUGUCAGCUGUAGCUGUUAAUGAUGGAAUCUGGCAUUCAGUUAUGGUUGAACGUCAUGGAUCGACAUCCAUACUAAUGCUAGAUGGAGGCGAGGGUCGUCGUUAUAAUGAAACUAUGGCUUUCUCUGGCCAUAUGAUGAUGGAUGUUGACAAACAGGAAGGCGUUUAUGCUGGUGGCAAGGCAGAAUACACAGGCAUAAGGACAUUUGAGGUUUAUAAUGAUUACAAACUUGGAUGUUUGGAUGACAUUCGUCUAGAAGGGAAACACUUGCCUCUUCCUCCUGGCCUGAAUGGUACCCAGUGGGGUCAAGCUACCAUGUUCCGUAACCUGAUCAAGAACUGCGUUUCCCAAAACCAGUGUGUCAAUGUUACUUGUUUAGCGCCGUUCACUUGUAAAGACCUAUGGAUGAAACACGAGUGUGGCUGUCCAGAAGGAUCUGUUCCAAACCUUGAUGAUUGUGUCAACAUCAACGAGUGUGAUCUAUGGCAGCCAUGCUAUAAUGGAGGUGUAUGUCAGGACUUGGAGCCUGACAUGGGUGGCUAUGUAUGCAAUUGUAUCGACGGUUUCCAUGGAACGGAUUGCAACAUUAUUCUGGAGGAAACCAUUCUCAAACCCUCCACUGAUUUUGUUGUUGCAAUUGUCAUCUGUAUUCUGGUGUUACUAAUAUUGGUACUCGUGUUUGUGGUGUACAAUCGGCAAAAGGAGCGCCACUUCCCCAAAGCUGAUCCAUACGAUGACGUACGUGAAAACAUAAUUAAUUAUGACGAUGAAGGUGGUGGAGAGGAUGACAUGACAGCCUUUGACAUCACACCUCUUCAGAUUCCUGUUGGCCCAGCCAUUGGAAAUGGUGGACCACUCAUGGGCAAAAUGCCAUAUGGUCCUGGAGGUCAGCCAGAUGUGGGAGUAUUUAUUAGUGAGCACAAGAGUAAGGCUGAUAAUGAUCCUAAUGCUCCGCCAUUUGAUGACCUUCGCAAUUAUGCUUACGAAGGAGGUGGAUCUACAGCUGGAUCACUUUCGUCGCUGGCCUCAGGCACCGAUGACAACGAACAGGACUUUGAUUACUUGAACAACUGGGGUCCACGUUUCAGCAAGUUAGCAGACAUGUAUGGCCAUGGAGAAUCUGAAGAGGAGGAAGACCAUUAAGUCUCAAACUGGAGCCUUCCUAUGGGAGUUGCCUCAUUGAGAACAUUUCUCUAUACCAACGCAAGCGCACUGUUGAUAAAUUUCUCAACCAGGAGGACUUGGGUCAGGAGGGAGGGAGUCCCCCCCUCUGUCUUAAGAUAAUCUGAAGGUCUAUGUGGAGAGAGAGAUGUUGUUGCAAGAUGGUCAUCUACAUCAUGCAUGUUGCCUUAAAUAGUUAAUUAAAUCUACAAUAUCAGCAUGAUUAUCAGUCAUGAAUCACAUUAUCACUGGGUGUCUGAAAUCUUCACUGGUGCUAUAUAUAUAUGAAAUUAAAUUUGUUCACAUUAUGGCUGUAAAUUUAAAAAAAUUUAAUGUCCAUCUCUGCAGUUAAUAAGAUGAGGACUGCAGUGUGGUUCAUUUAGAGAGAUUAAUACAGUAUUAAAAUACUCAUGGAACCUCACACGUGUAAUAUACAGUAUAUUCCAUAUUGUCCUAUGUGGUAAAGAAAUGCAUCCUCCACAUAGCUUCCUUCAGGUAGCCAUAAACCAAGAGUGGCUGUGCUAAAGAAUGCUCACAGAAUCUUGGAAAAAAAAAGACUUUGUCCUCCUACCCAAUGUUGUGCACAUUAAUGGCAUGACCCUCACAGUGCCAAGACUUUAUUUAACAAUGAGGUGAUAGAAAAUGCCAGUGUUCAGUGUAGAAUUAAUGCUCCCUCUACAAUCACUUGUGGUGAUGAGACAUGUCCUAUCUUAUUAAGAACUGAUGGACAGUCUGCCUUGAUCAAGGCAGUGUUAUCAGUCUUAUUGAUGACUGUGGUGGGAGAACUAACAUUCCAUAAAAGACAGUUGUGUGAUAGUAUGGGAUGAAAGUGAAAGGAAGACUUGGAUUGAGUAUUUAGGUGUUUUUGUUAUGACCCAUGUUACGUGCCAAGAACCCCAGGCAAAUCUGUUUUGAUUUGUGGAUUACCGACUCUCAAAGUACAUUUUGUAAUGUUCUUAGUGACUUAUGUUUGUCCUCACUCGCUACAACUGUGAAGCAUAUCAAGGAAAUACAAAGGUUCAGUGUAUUGCACCACAGACUUUCUGAGGGCAGCAUUUAUUGGUUCUCAUAUAAUGAGUUACGCAGUGUACUCUUAAUUGUGUGCAUGAGGAUGUGGUUGAUUUGUCUCCCCCCUGUAUACUACUCUCACCCUUAGUUUAUAUCAGGUCAGUACUGCAACUCUGUGCAUUUUGCAGGCAAAAGCCAGGCCUGUAUACUCACAAAUGAAUCUCAGGCAGUACUGAAAUACUGUACCCUGUAUGAAAAAGUGUUGAAUGUAUGUAAAUUUUUUGUACAUGUGUAGAUACUUAAGGAGGAGAUAGAUGUCUCAAAGAAUGAAAUAGUUCUUUUUCAAUAUUUGCUCAUCUGUAUGAAAGCUAGACAGCAAGAUCAAUUAGACAUGUGACGACAGCUUCAUUAUUGUAGGCAUUCACUGAGUAGCAAGUUUGUUACUGAACUGUAGUCUUCUCUUGGUGUCUUGCUGUGCAAGUUUUUGGAAGAAGUGACAGUUGAUUUCUUAAGUGCUGAUGUUUGUAGAUGGUGGUUCAACUAUGGAUGAAGAGACCAAAACAUCUGUUUAAAAUAAAAAACCCUAAUAUAUCUGUAAUUUAAGUAUGAUAUUCUAUACUGCAAAGGAAGCAAUAAAUGCUUGCUUACUACUUUUUAAUUUUAUUACAGUUUUGCUUCAUCUGAUCUCGUUAGUGUAUAUAGAUAACUUCCGAGGUAAGGAAUAUACCUCUACUGUACUUGGUAACUACUUUCAUGCAGAUGUUUUCCUAGUUGAACCCAGGCCUCUUCACUCAUGUUGCCCCACCCCACAAAUCCCCCGAGGUCAGUUAUCCUCCCAUUCCUGUUCCCAGACCCCUUAUUCCAGCCCUGGCACAGUAUGGGCUGCCACAGCCCGCCACCCACCUACCCAUCCAUAGGUCUCGCCUGUGGUGAUGUCCCCUCACAAAUGGAAGCUUUUUCCAGUCCAGUUUAUUCCUCAGUCUGUGUUAAUAGCUAUAAAUUAUCUUUGGACCCACAAAAUCAUUUAGUAAAAACAUUAACAUUUUUAAAAGAAUAUAUUAAGAGUGUGAACUCUUCAUCACCACACCACAUAACCUCAACAGCACUGCCAUACUUGGUGGGAGCAGGCUGGGUUGUUUAGUCAUUGGCUUCUUAUAUAAUUAUUAUUAUUAUUAUAUUAUUAUUAUUAUUAUUAAUUAUUAUUAUUAAUUAUUAUCAUCAUCCUAGUGUUAGAGCAAUUGUGCACAAGUUGGUCAUAAAUAGAACAAUGUUGGUCUCGGAUCAAUUUCAGUGGGUCUUCUCAGCGUUCUUGGACCAAAUAAUGAAUUACCUUGUACUGUAUCUGAAAGAGACUUGAGAAGAAAAAGAAAUGUUGAGUUUUCUUGUGCAGAGCAUUAAGUCCACCCACCUGUGCACUAACUUAACCAUGCUUUAGUCCCCUCAUUUACUAGUUGUUUCAAUCAUCAACUGAACAUGACAAGGUCAGCAACUCAUUCUGCCACCCUUUUAGUCUCUGCACAAGACAACCAUCUUUUCCUCCCUGAAGUUUGCCAAGCCCAGCCAACAUGUUUUAUAGCAUUCCAUAUACCAAAAAAUGUAUGUAUGAAUGCAUUAUUCAUUUUCACAUUUUGUAUCAAAGAAUUAUCAUCUUACUAGAACUCAAGGAACAUUAAAGCCAGAUUUCUCUGUCCUUCCCGAAGCAUUGUGACAACUUUCAUUUGUAGUCGAUGAUGCCUCUAAUUGAGCUUUUUUAUUUUAUUUAACAGUUUACCUUUCUUAAUCAUUGAGUUUGUCAUAUUCUGUAUUAGGUCAAUAAUGUUUUACUUUUUCAAUUUUUCCUCCCUGUUUAUAUCCUAAUACAGAGAAAUCUGGUUCAUCCCCAGGCCGAAGUAUUCUAUGCUUUUUGUAUGAAUGUUAUGUAUCAAUUUCAAUCGUAUCCUUGCUUAUUAAAUGUCACAAACCCCAGAAUUUCUCAUUGUAGUGUCUCAAGUCCAUUUGCUAUUCUUAUGAGAACUUUGGCCCAGGGAAUCAGAAAUGGUCAAAGAGUAGAAGAGUAUUUCCUAAAAAAAAUACAAAAAAAAAAACGAAAGUUUUGUACCCUUAUUGAUGCUGAGUUAAAAGUUAUCCAGCAGAGAUGUCCCCGAAUGGACAAGAAGCCAUAGCAACUAAGCUUUUGUUUGAUGUUUUUAAGCUGUGAUUUUACUGUGUCUGCAUUGUCAUCUGAAAUAGAUUAAAAGCCUUUGUGUA